AUGUCUGCCAUAAACUCACCGAUCACCUCGACUGACUCACGGGCUGACACCCUGCAGCCGGAGUCAACCGUGCCGUCUUCGCCUAUGACCGAUCUCACUCUUCAAGACACCAGACUUCCUUUGGAAGAGACGAACGGCGAAGAUGAAGAGAAUAAAAACAACGGCGGGAAUGAGCCGUCAGAGUCUGUUGAUGAUAUCGAAGGAAUGGAUACAAAGUCAAAGGCCCUGAUGCAUUUGUUGAAGACCAGCUCGGUGUUUGUCGCUAUUAUGUCCGAGAAAAUGCAGAAGCAGCAGGAAGAGGCUCGUCAGCAAGCAGCCAAAAAGAAUCAGCUUCCCGCAGAAUCAAAGGCCAAGCCUAAUGCCGCAGCCGCUACUCGUCGCCAGACUCGAACUCAGGCCGCACAAGACUCCACUGCCGAGGAUAAGUCUACUGGCAAUGAGUCUACAACCAGCAGGAGGAGAGGCCGACCGAGGAAGAGUGCUGGGAAGGGCAACACCAUCUCGAGCUACUUUCAGAGGGCCGACGUCGACGUGACCGAAGACAAACCCACUGUGCAAGAGGCUUUGGAACAGGCCGCGGACGAGUUCGAGGCAAACCCGACCGUCCUCGGCGAACAAGAGCUUGUGGCAACUCAGCAGCCGACAUUGGUGACAGGCGGUCGUAUGCGAAAGUACCAGCUGGAGGGUCUUGAGUGGCUCAAAACACUUUGGAUGAAUGGCCUGUGUGGUAUUCUUGCCGAUGAGAUGGGUCUUGGCAAAACGAUCCAGUCCAUUUCGAUGAUUGCUUUCUUGAAAGAAAAUAACGUCUCGGGGCCAUUCCUGAUUGCGGCACCCCUCAGCACUCUGAGCAACUGGGUCAACGAGUUCAAGAGAUGGACUCCAGAUAUUAAUGCGGUUCUGUAUCACGGAUCCAAAGACGAGCGCGCAGCGAUCCGCAACAAACAUUUGAAACUACGUGACCAGAUGAAGAUGGAUUUCCCCAUCGUUUGUACAUCUUAUGACAUCUGUAUCAAUGACCGAAAGUUUUUGGCUCAGUAUCAGUGGCGAUACAUCAUUGUGGACGAAGGACACCGCCUCAAGAAUAUGAAUUGCCGUCUGAUUAAAGAAUUGAUGUCCUACAACUCGGCCAACCGACUCUUGAUCACCGGCACUCCGCUCCAGAACAAUAUUUCUGAGUUGUGGUCAUUGCUGCAUUUCCUCCUUCCGGAUGUCUUCAACGAUUUAAACAGUUUUGAGAAUUGGUUCGAUUUUUCCUCUGUUCUCGACGACAAUGGACAGGCCGAGCUCAUUGAACGACGGAAGCGAAACUUGGUCUCUACAAUGCACUCAAUUCUCAAGCCCUUCCUUCUUCGCCGCGUGAAGACAGAUGUGGAGGACUCUCUGCCAAAGAAGCGAGAAUACAUUCUGUAUGCUCCGAUGACCCCGGAGCAGAAGGAGCUUUAUCGAGAGAUCAUCAGUGGAACCGGCCGUCAGUAUCUCGAAGGAAAGGCGUUGGAGCGUCUGACGGCCAAGAGUCAAAGUGCCUCACGCUCCUCGAGUCGGAAACGUCGCCGCGAAAGUGACGAGCCGGAUUCUUCCAAUAAGAGUCACAAGUCGAGUGAGACUUCUACUCCGACCAGAGAGACCAGUGCUCGUAGUAGCCCGGCCCGCCGGCGCCGAGGUGUGAAAACUUACAAGGAGGCCUCCGAUCACGAGUUUGACGCCAAGCUGCGGAGACUUGAGCGCGGAAUUGAAGAUCAGGAGGAGACAACCGAGCCUAGCGAAAAUGAGCUCGAGGAAAUUGAGCGUGCCAAGAACCUAAAGCUUGCCAAGAAGGAAAUCAGCCAGAAGAAGAUGCAAAACCCGGUCAUGCAAGCCCGUCUAGCGUGCAACUCUCCCCACAACUUCUACUGGCCAUGGACAGACGUAUCAUCUGCCGUGGAUGAGUCUCUUGUAUCAGCAUCUGGCAAAAUGCUUCUUCUCGACCGACUGAUACCCUGCCUCCUCAAAAAGGGACACAAGAUCCUCAUCUUCUCCCAGUUUAAAACCCAGCUCGACAUCCUCGAAGAAUGGGCCACCGGUUUGCGUGGUUGGAACUGCUGUCGCAUUGACGGAGCCAUCGCCCAAGCUGAUCGCCAGGAGCAGAUCGAAGCCUUCAACAAGGACAAGCAGCACAAGAUUUUCCUCCUCAGUACUCGUGCCGGUGGCCAGGGAAUCAACCUCACCGCGGCAGAUACCGUUAUUCUGUUUGAUUCCGAUUGGAACCCGCAGCAGGAUCUGCAGGCCCAAGACCGUGCUCAUCGUAUUGGUCAAACCAAGCCGGUUAUCGUCUACCGAUUGGCUACCAAGGGUACUGUUGAGCAGACUCUCUUGGAAAAAGCAGAUUCCAAGCGCCGUCUCGAGCGUCUGGUUAUCCAGAAAGGAAAGUUCCGUUCCCUACUGGACUCCAGUGCCACCGCUCAAGACAUGGAGGAGCUGCGGAGGGCUCUUGGCGAAGACGAGUUCGAGCGCUUUGAAACCGGUGCCGACCCCGAGUCUAUUUUGUCUGAUCAUGAUCUUGAUAUCUUGACAGAUCGCAGCGAAGAGGCUUAUGUCCGUGCCGAGAAGGGUCUCGAGCAGAGCGGUCCUGCUUUCGUUGCCGUCGAGUCCAAGCGUGAUGGUGGUGAAUCCCUGAUGGCCUGA